GGUGAGAUGGGCUCUAGUGAUCUGGCAAGUAUGACUGGAAAGACAUUCGUCCUGAGAGACUCCCCAAAGCACCGCGGGUCUUGACUCACAUAACGGCUUUUCUGCGCUUUACACUGGAUCUUGAAACUCAGCACCUCUCGCAGCAUGAAGUUAGAAGUGCUGUGUGGAAACCAUGAUAUGAAGCACUUUAAGACGCACUGUAAAGGAGAGGGGAAUGAGCAAUCUCCUCUCUCUUCAGGGGAGGAGCUGGGGUCCGAUGGAGACUGCGUGGCCAACAGCCCUCCACUCGUUACUCCAGGUGAGAGUAGCAAAUCCAAACCAUACACACGGAGACCCAAGCCCCCGCUUUCCUACAUCGCUCUGAUCGCCAUGGCUAUCCGGGACUCUCUCACCGGACGUCUGACUUUGGCGGAGAUAAACGACUACCUGAUGAAGAAGUUCCCCUUCUUCAGGGGCAGCUACACCGGCUGGAGGAACUCUGUGCGACACAACCUGUCUCUGAAUGACUGCUUUCUGAAAGUGCUCAGGGACCCGUCCAGGCCCUGGGGAAAAGACAAUUAUUGGAUGCUCAACCCUAAGAGCGAAUACACGUUCGCUGAUGGGGUGUUCCGACGCAGGAGAAAGCGCAUCAACAAGCCGUUCAGCCGGAAGCCGGAGGUGUCGGAGCGCGCAGAGGAGCCUCGGGUUACCGACAAACCUAACCCAAGCACCAAGACUGAGCCCUGUCCCAAGUUUACAAGCUCAUUUGCUAUUGAGAGCAUCCUCAGCAAGCCCUUUAAAGAGGACUUAACAAGGCCGCCUUUUUACCCUGCAUGUAUCUGGUCAUACUCUGAACUUAUGAUGCAUCACUCAGACUCAUCCGCUUUCCCCCCAUACGUUUAUUAGGCGGGCUGCUUUUUGGACUUAAACGCCUGGUGCUGGGAUGCUUUCAUGAACAGAAAACAAAACUGACUCAUUUGUUGUUUUCUAUCUCUUGUUUGAUGAUUAAAAUCAUCAGUAAAUGUAGAUACUUUAAUUUAUUACCUUAUUGUUGGUGGCAUGUUUUUUUUUUUUUUUUAUACUUUGCAUCCUCACUUGUUCUUUGUUUAAUAUUUUGUUAGCAACAAUGAAUUGUACACUUUUACCUUUAUUUGUUUGACUCUCAAAAAGCACUUUGUUUAUCUGUGUCAAAAACUUCAUAAUAAAAAUUACAAAAAAGAACAACAAAAAAA